GUAAAAUAUCAUCCCUCAUGUUAUUUUUGAAAAUACAAUAUGUGAUUAGUCAAUGUCAUUUAGAUUCAAAUUUUACCAUAUAAGGAUUUAUCUAUUAAUCAAAAGUGUCUGACUUCGAGAGGCCACGGUUGUAUCAAUGUCAUGUGUUUUAAAGAUGCCACAACUUGAUUUGUUGAUAGGAUCCUUGCCCUUUGACUUGAAAUUUUUUUAAUUAAUUUUGGACGGCUAAUUUCAUCCACAUUUGCCUGGAAACCUGGCAUGUGGUAGUGGUGGAGUGUGAUUGAAAUUGCGUGUAUUUUAAAAGCCAAUAAUUCAGGAUUCUCUAUGUUUUUCUUAUUUUAUAAUGAGUAGGGUUAGGAAUGGCAAUCGGCAGGUUUGGGGCGGGUUUCUUGGUACCCAGACCCGUUCCGUGUCAGGUCGGGUACAGGUCGGGUAAUUGAUCAAGGGUCGUGGGUCGGGGCAGGUCGACCCAAUGGGUAUGCAAUUUAUAUGAAAAAUAUUAGAAAUAUUCGUUAUUUUUAUUAUAAGACUAAGAAAGCAAACAAUAUUAUGACAAUUGUAGUUAAAUUAUUGGAGAAAUUGAGAUUUUCACUAAUUUACAACUUUAUUAUAGCUAAAAUAUGAUGCAAUAAAAUGAAAAUUCUAAGUAAUUUGACUAAUAUUACAUGUAAUUUAGAUAAGAACGGGUCGAGAAUGAGGCGAGUCAAGGCAGGUCGGGUCGAUGAGACUACCCAUGCCCGCCCCGCCCCGCCUAUGGGACGGGUCGGACCCACCCAAAACAGGUCAAACAGGUCGGAUAAAACGGAUCAGGUCGAAAUUGCCAUUAGGGAUGGCAAUUUCGACCUGACCCGUUUUACCCGACCUGUUUGACCUGUUUUGGGGCGGGGCGGGCAUGGGUAGUCUCAUCGACCCGACCUGCCCUGACCCGCCCCAUUCUCGACCCGUUCUUGUCUAAAUUACAUGUAAUCUUAGUCAAAUUACUUAGAAUUUUCCUUUUAUUGCAUCAUGUUUUAGCUAUAAUAAAGUUGUAAAUUAGUAAAAACUUCAAUUUCUCCAAUAAUUUAACUACAAUUGUCAUAAUAUUGUUUGUUUUCUUAGUCUUAUAAUAAAAAUAACGAAUAUUUCUAAUGUUUUUCAUAUAAAUUGCAUACCCAUUGGGUCGACCUGCCCCAACCCGCGACUCAUGAUCAAUUACCCGACCUGAACCCGACCUGCCACGGGACGGGUGUGGGUACCAAGAAACCCGCCCCGGACCUGCCCAUUGCCAUUCCUGAUUGCCAUCCCUAAGUAGGGUUUUGAUUUUCGUUAAUCGAUGUUUAAGUGAUGCCAAAUCUGAUAGCCGAAAGCCGAACCCAUCCCCACCGAAAGGACACCUCCUCCGUCCUCCCCAUCUGAGACUGAGAGCCCUAUCCAAGUCCAACCACUUUCCAGAGGAAGCCCAUACUGGGUCAAUCUCCAGCUCCAGCCGGCCCAUCUUGGACACUGACUCAAGCCCAUUACUUCACAUAAUGCGUAGUUGCGUACCCAUGAUGCCGGCCCAUCUUUUCGCACACAUACAGCAAUGCAAUGACGUCAUUAGUCAUCUACUCAUCUCCUUUGGGCUUUGUCCUAUUAUUUCCCGUCUUCCCCCCAGUCAAACUUCUGAAAAGUCAGCUUUCCUCUUUUGUGUUUUUCUUCCCGGCCGGUGUUGCCCCAAUCCAAUUCCGCAUCCAUCGGCAAUCAACUAGAUAUCCAAAAAAAUGGCGCCGCAACUGGUGCUGAUCCCGUCGCCGGGGAUCGGCCACCUGGUGGGAAUGGUCGAGCUAGCUAAGCUCCUCAUCCACCGCUACCACCACCUCUCCGUCGUCCUUCUCGCCAUCAAGUCCCGCUCCACCACCAGCAAAUCCCACGACUACAUCAACUCCAUCUCCGUCGCCGGUCAACAUUCCACCCGUCUCAGCAUCACCCAGCUCCCCAACAACGACGACCCCUCCGAUCCUAACCCCACCUACGUUUCCUUCGUGGAAAGCAAAAAGCCCCAAGUCAAAGACGCCGUCUCCCGCCUCAUCUCCACCGGACAGCAACUCGCCGGAUUCGUUCUCGACAUGUUCUGCACUUCGAUGAUCGACAUCGCCGACGAGCACGGCCUCCCUUCCUACAUAUUCUACCCGUCCAGCGCCGCCAGUCUUGCCUUCACCUUCCACAUCCAGGCCAAAUUCGACCACCAGGGCCUGGAUCUGACGAAAUCCACCGAAUCCGAGCUAUCCGUUCCGUUCUUCGCCAAACCGCUGCCACGUAAGGUCGUUCCCCCCGCCGUUAUGAACGAGGAGUGGCUUUCCAUCAUACUGGAUCAUGGCCGGAAUUUCCGGCGAGCCAGGGGCAUCCUCGUAAAUACAAUCAGGGAGAUGGAAUCCCAUUCGCUGGAGUCUCUUACGGAGAUGGAAAUCCCGAAGGUGUACCCAGUGGGGCCCAUUCUGAAUCUGGACGGUGGAGGCGCGUCGGAAUCGUCAACGGCCGAGAUCCUGCGGUGGCUGGACGGUCAGCCGGAUUCUUCCGUCGUGUUCCUCUGCUUCGGCAGCUUGGGGACGUUCGGCGCCGAUCAGGUGAGAGAAAUUGCUAUCGCGCUGGAGAAAAGCGGGGAGAGGUUCUUGUGGUCUCUGAGGAAGGGCGCACCGGAAGGCGUGAGGGCGCACCCGACGGACUACGACGACGUGGGUGAAGUUCUGCCGGAAGGGUUUCUCGAUCGGACGGCGACGGUGGGGAAGGUGAUUGGGUGGGCGCCACAGGCGGCGGUUCUGGCGCAUAAGGCGACCGGAGGGUUCGUGUCGCACUGCGGGUGGAAUUCUACUAUGGAGAGCGUGUGGUUUGGGGUUCCGAUGGCCGCGUGGCCGAUGUACGCGGAGCAGCAGUUCACGGCGUUUGAGCUGGUGGAGGAAGUUGGAAUGGCGGUGGAGAUCAGGAUGGAUUAUGUGAUGGGGAGCUCCGGGGUUGUGGCCGCCGGUGAGAUUGAAGGAGGGAUUAGGCGUUUGAUGGAGCAGGGUAGCGAAAUGAGGAGGAAAGUUAAGGAAUUGAGCGUGGCGAGUAAGGAAUUGAGUGGUGGAAUUGCAGAGUUCGUUCACGAGGUCGUAGGCGACGUUUGAUCAUUAUGAUUUGGGAGCUCAGUCUUGACCUCGUUGAAUUGAUCGUAAAGUGAUGAUAUGAUCAAGUUGAUAUUAUAUCUGAACUGAUCAUGAUCAUUAUGUACCAAAAAAAUGCUUUUAACUUUUCAAGGAAAAGAAAGGGAAAUUGAUCUGGGGUCGUUUGGAUUAGUGAAUGUGAUGAGGGAUUUAUGAGUGAUUUUAAAACAAUCUCUCGUUGUGCAGGAUUUUAAAAUAAUUCCGUGUUUGGAAAGGUGAGAGAUCGUGGGCAUGAGGAAAUUCUAAAUCUCUCAUAUGAGAGUUUUUAAAAUAGCUGAUGGGGAUCAGCUAUUUCAAAAUCACUCAUUUUUUCUCAUUCUUUUCCAAACUCUGCCCCUCCUUUUGUUCUUCCUUUCUUAUUCUUCCUUAGGGAUUAGGGAUGUGUAUAAUUGUAACUUUAAUUUUUAAUUAAAAUCCUUCAUCUAU